AUGAGAAAAGCUGUUGGAUCUAUUCAGAACGGUAAUGUAACUAUUUUCGGAGAUUUGAUUUUUCCAGGUCAAUCUAGUAUUAUACCUAAGUCAACUAAAAAGAUUUUGCAGUUAAGCAUAAGUGCUGGAACUACAAAUCCUGGCGCAUCUGCAAGUCCAAUUGCAGUAGUAGGUGCUCGAGGCAGUUUUGCAGUUCAAGACCUAAUAAAUGAAGGGAAUGAUAUUUUGCCACACUUUUAUCUAAAAAUUAUUAGCUUUGAUUGUGGAGUCACUGUUUUCAAUGCUUCUUUUACAGAAUCUUGCUUCAGCAAAAGCAUAGAUCAGCUAGGAUUAUCUCAUAUUUCUGCUUUCAGCUCGACGAUAACUAUUGGAUCCAUCCAAAUAUUCAAAAACUUAAAUAUAACAGUUCCAGUUAUUGGAGCCACAAAUGCUGACGAUUCAUUGAGUUCUAUAGUAAACUUUCCUACCUACUCAAGGGUACAAAUGGCUUAUUCUUUUAUUUGUCCUAAAUUUUCAAUUAUUAUUAAAGGAUUGGGAUGAAAUUCAGCUGCUGUUCUAUAUCAAAACGACGCUUGAGGCCUUGCUGCAUAUAUCAAGCACACUCCUCUAACUAUUGAUGUCUUAAUUUUUUUAAAUGGAAAAUAUCAAUGGCAAGCCUUUAUUAUAUUUUAACUUGCCAAAUUAUUUUAAAGAAAUUUUAAACUAUUUGGAACCUCCAAAAAUAAAUUACACUUGGAGGAUAAUUUAGGGAAGAUCCAUUGCAAUAUCUAAAUUAUACUCUUAUAUUAAAAAGAAUUCAGAGGUCUUAGGAUUAAGAUUAGUGAAUCCUGAGAAACUUAGGACUAUCCCUGCAGGUCUAAGCAAAAGCGGUCUUAAAAAUUACACAAAUGCUCUUCAAGAAGUUAUUGACUCUCAGGCAAGGCUGCUUCUUUUGAUUAUUCAAUAUCCAUUAGGAAACUAUAUAUAGUAUAAAAAAAUUUAUGGACUUUAUUUUUAUCGAAAUUUUCAUUUAGCACCUUUAUUGGCUAGUCUACAUUAGCUAGAAAACAAAAUGUAAUUUAUAAUUCAACAUUAGUAACUCAAAUAAGCCAUUUUUUAUUUGGCUUCUUGAAUAAUUUUGACUAGCUAAUCCGCAAUGCUGCCAACACAAUUGGACUUAAAUGCCAAUGCAUAAGUGUGGAUUAGCUAUACUAGAGCAGCUAUAUGAUCUCGGUGCAAGAAAAGGAGAUUUUGUUAUUUGUGCAGGAUAUCAAGAUUUGCCGACUCUGAUUUCAAUAAAUGACACUAACUUAUAUAAAAGAUUAGAAAUCGGCAUACCAAUGUUUACUCUUGUGAGCGAAUACUAACUUUGCCUCCUAAGGCGAGCAAAACUGUUCAGCUCGCUCAAUGGGGUUAAUUUAUUUAUGUAUAAUUUUAGCAUUUAAAAAUUUAUUAUAUAAAAUUUAUGCUUAAGAACGUAAGUUGUUUAAUUAGCUAGAGGAUUUAAAAUUGCAUGCAUAUAUAAAAAUAUAAUAUAAAUUAUUAUAAUACAAAAAUUGAUCAAUUUUUGUCAAAAAUAUGGUUUGCUAGAGGCUUACUUGCUCACGGAGGGGAGGGAGUGAGCAGGAAACGUAGGUCAAGAAGCUCUAAAAAGAAUAAGAUCUGCUUAUUAUUCUGAACCAAGCGCUUUUUCAUGUUUUUAUGUUGACGCUGCUUAUCUAAUUGCUAGUGCUUUGGAUUACAUGAUAAACCGAGGGCAUGACUAUACUAACCCUGAAAAACUUAUGGCAACGAUAAGAACUACUCAGUUUUAUGGCUGUACUGGAAGAGUGAGCAUUGAGAAAGGAAGUAACGACAGAAUUGUUGACCGAAUGAUUAUUGAAGGUGUUAAACUUACUUCAGACGGAAGUACUUCAAUUUAUACAAUUGGCAAUUUUAGACCUUUCAGCUCUCAGGUAAUCUCUAUUAUAAAUCCUAUUAUAUAUGCGGAUGGCUCCACGCAAAAGCCGAGUGAAUAUAGAAAUACAAAUAAUAGAUGCCCAUUUCCUGAUAAAAAAAUGAAAACUUUUAAGAAAGGAAGAGGGCUUUUAUUUGGAAUUUGUUUCACUUCAGCUUUAAUUAUGAUUGUUAUUACAUUCUAUAUUUGGAAGAAAUGAUGAAAUAUCUCAGUUGAGCCACUACACCAGAAAGAAGAAAUAUCAAUUCAGGAUGCCAUUGUCGCUGCCAGUAUUGGAAUUGAGUUCUUUCAGUAUGCAUCAAUGGGACCAGACUUUAAGUUGAUAAGCCCUUUACUUUCAGAACUCAGUGGAUUGUUUUCAUUGAACUUGGAAGAUGUAAUAAAGCUUGAAAACGGAGUCUUUUGGAUCGUUGUUGACGUAGUGUAUGGAGGAAUAGGACUCUGAAUUUUACUUUGUCUUGUUAUUCUGCUACAACUUGAUGAGAAGUUUCCAUAUAUUUCACUGUUUAGAUUUUUGAAGUGGCUUUCUGACUUUUUGAUGCCUAUUUUAGGAAAUCUUUGCUUUAUUCCGUUUAUUUCAAUUUGCUUAUUUCUCCAUUUAUAGCGGUACCUUUUUUUUUUUUUUUGGGGUAUAAACAUAAAUUUUUGAUAUUUUUAAUUCUUAAAUAACUAUAGGUAUUUUUAUUAUUAACUUGGAAGGUUGGACAUUUUUCAAUGCGAUAUAUCAAUAGGAGACAACUUUACUGAUAGCAUUCUCGCAAAAGAUUGUUAUUAUUUCUGCUGGAAAGAUGAGCAUUUAAUAUAUGCAAUUAUCUCAUUUUUUGCAUUGCUGUUCUAUGAGCCGCUGGCUAUCUUCUGUCGACCGCUUUGACAAGAAUUGCAGCCUACACUGCAUGUUAAAACUGUGCCCUUGUUUCUAAUGGUUAAAACAGUAGUGCAAACCUCACUUAUUGUUCUAAACGGUACAGUUAAAAGAUCGUUUGAUAUUACUCAUGGACUGAUAUUUAUCGUAUUUAUGGCUUUUUAUGCAGUAUUUAUUUUCAAAUUCAAGCCUUACAAUUAUUCAAGAUUUAGCUGAUGGCAAGGCUUGAGUGUAAUUGGAAUUAUUUGACUUGCAUUACUCUCAUUACCUGGACUGAUAACAAAUAAUCAGAAUUUAUCUAUUUCAUUAUUUGCAGUUCUUCUUUUAGGCUGGGGCAUUAUCAUAUUAGUUGGUUUGUAUAUCCAAACAAAAAAGUUGCCUAGUAUGCUCUUCAGGAAAAAGGGAUAUGACCCAAGUACUUUAUUUAAGUUUGCUUUUACCUUUGGCAAAAGUUCCAAAAUUUCUCUAGAAAAAUUGCAGCAAACUAUAAAAGUAUAG